CGCGGUGGCCGGAGGCGGGGCGAUGGCGCCGGCGCGCGGCCUGCGGCUCAGCUUGGCUCUUGUCAUGGAGGUCCCUACCUCCCCGCUGCUUCUCGUCCUUGUGCUCGGGGCCUGGGCCGCAGCGCCGGGCAGCGCCUCUCCCGAUGCACCGCCGUUGGUCAACGAGGACGUGAAGCGGACGGUGGACCUGAGCAGCCACCUGGCCAAGGUGACGGUCGAGUUGGUCUUGGCGCACCCAGGCGGCAGCUCCACGUCCCGCGCCACCUCCUUUCUUCUGGCCUUGGAGCCGGAGCUCGAGGGCCGGCUGGCACACCUCGGCGUGCAGGUAAAGGGAGAAGAUGAGGAAGAGAACAAUUUGGAAGUACGAGAAACCAAAAUUAAGGGUAAAAGUGGGAGAUUCUUCAUGGUCAAGCUCCCAGUUGCUCUCGAUCCUGGGAUGAAGAUUUCAGUCAUUUUGGAAACAGUCUAUACCCAUGUGCUUCAGCCAUAUCCAACCCAGAUCACUCAAUCAGAGAAACAGUUUGUGGUGUUUGAGGGCAACCAUUAUUUCUACUCUCCCUAUCCAACAAAGACACAAACUAUGCGUGUGAAGCUUGCCUCUCGAAAUGUGGAGAGCUACACCAAGUUGGGGAACCCCACACGAUCUGAGGACAUUUUGGAUUACGGACCUUUCAGAGAUGUCCCUGCUUAUAGUCAGGAUACUUUUAAAGUACAUUAUGAGAACAACAGCCCUUUCCUUACUAUCACCAGCAUGACCCGAGUCAUUGAGGUCUCUCACUGGGGUAAUAUUGCUGUGGAAGAAAAUGUGGACUUGAAGCACACAGGGGCAGUGCUUAAGGGGCCUUUUUCACGCUAUGAUUACCAGAGACAGCCAGAUAGUGGUAUAUCCUCCAUUCGUUCUUUUAAGACUAUCCUUCCUGCUGCUGCCCAGGAUGUUUAUUACCGGGAUGAGAUUGGCAAUGUUUCCACCAGCCACCUCCUUAUUUUGGAUGACUCCGUAGAGAUGGAAAUCCGGCCUCGUUUCCCUCUUUUUGGAGGGUGGAAGACCCAUUACAUUGUUGGCUACAACCUCCCAAGCUAUGAGUACCUCUAUAAUUUGGGUGACCAGUAUGCACUGAAGAUGAGGUUUGUGGACCAUGUUUUUGAUGAGCAAGUGAUAGAUUCUCUGACUGUGAAGAUCAUCUUGCCUGAAGGAGCCAGGAACAUCCAAGUUGACAGUCCCUAUGAAAUCAGCCGUGCCCCAGAUGAGCUGCACUACACCUACCUGGACACAUUUGGCCGCCCUGUGAUUGUUGCCUACAAAAAAAAUCUGGUAGAACAGCACAUUCAGGACAUCGUGGUACACUACACAUUCAACAAGGUGCUCAUGCUGCAGGAGCCCCUGCUGGUAGUGGCCGCUUUCUACAUCUUGUUCUUCACAGUCAUCAUCUACGUCAGGCUGGACUUUUCUAUCACAAAGGAUCCAGCCGCAGAAGCCAGGAUGAAGGUGGCCUGCAUCACAGAGCAGGUCUUGACCCUGGUUAAUAAGAGAAUAGGUCUCUACCGUCACUUUGAUGAGACUGUCAAUAGGUAUAAGCAGUCCCGGGAUGUGUCCACCCUCAACAGUGGCAAGAAGAGCCUGGAGACAGAGCACAAGGCCUUGACCAGUGAGAUUGCACUGCUGCAGUCCAGGCUGAAGACAGAGGGCUCUGACUUGUGUGACAAAGUGAGCGAAAUGCAGAAACUGGAUGCACAGGUCAAGGAGCUGGUGCUGAAGUCGGCAGUGGAAGCUGAGCGGCUGGUUGCUGGCAAGCUCAAGAAAGACACGUACAUCGAGAAUGAAAAGCUCAUCUUAGGAAAGCGACAGGAGCUGGUCACUAAGAUCGACCACAUCCUGGAUGCUCUGUAGCCCCUGCCAGUUGUCUACUGGGUGGGCUCAGGGUGCUGCACUUACAGAUGGCAGGUGUGUGUGUGUGUGUGUGUG